CAGAGCAUGGAAUCCGAAGGAUCACAGGACUAUUCACUCAGUUGCAGAGUAACUUUUUCGAUCAUGACUGGGGUGGUGUUUCUUGUCUCCUUCUUUGGUAACUCCUCGGUCAUUCACAUUGUUAGGAGAAGCCAAAAAAUGAGGUCUACCACUUUUCUGCUGAUACUCAACAUGGCGUGCGCAGAUUUGGUGAUAUCCACUUGGACUAGUGCCUUGUUAAUCAAGUAUUUGCUCUUGUGUUAUCAUCUCUGGAAGAGGCAGGUGCCAGGGGAAUUCAACGCUUUGCAACAGCAGAUAGCAAACCGCAUGGCACGGAGAGUCACACUUAUGAUGAUUACAGUGAUUGUCAUUUUUUUCAUUUGCUGGGCGCCACAAUUUGUGUUUUCUUGGCUGCAUCCAUUUGCUGAGCAGCUAGCGAUGGAAGCGCCAAUAUGGCUGAUUCCUUUUACCAUUUGGUUGAAGAUAUUAAACAGUGCAGCGAAUCCUAUUAUCUACGCGAUAUUUAAUGAGUCCUUUCGAAAAGGCUUUAGACACAUUCUCUACUGUGACAAGUUCUUCGAACUCAAUACAGCGGAAAUAAGACCUCAGCCAUGCGCUAACACCCACACGAACCGUGAGCCAGCUCAAGAUGUCCAAUUACUUAACUUCCAUUCUAUACUUCAUUGUGAAAUAUACGACAAAUAGAAGCCCUUUUGCCGUCCGUCUGUUCAGUAAUUUAUCUCAGAUGACCACAUUUUGAGGUCUUCUGUGACGUGUUACCAUACAGACCCACGGCAACCUGGAAUCGAUAUUUUUGGUAUGAUAACAAAGAAAAAUAUUGUUGAUAAUGGUGUCAGCUAUCUGUCUGUACUCUAAUAGAUCCUAUGUAAGACCCAAUCGAAAUGCAUGUAUAAUUUAUUGAUAAUUGAUGAAGAGAUCUUUCAUUUCACUCUCGAAAGCUGUGCAAGGAAUAUCAAGCUGCACGAAACGCUAAAAAACUAAACCAAAAGUGGAUCAGUGCAAGGUUUCCAACUACCGUCAUGCAAUGCAAAAUCAUUUUUAAAUGAAAUAGUUUCAUUUCAUUUUGCAUGUUGGCGUUGUAAUUAUCUUUACCCCUUUCAUUAUUAUGACUGUACAAGAUCAUGGAGGAAAAAUUACAUAUGCUCUAAAUAAUAUCCUGAGAGUUUUUCUCGGUUGUGUGCCUCGUGUGCGUUAUAAAACGAAACGAGAAAAGCUCAGGAUAUUCCAUGCUCCAUGCUAUUUACAUAGGUAUUAAGACGUCCUUAAUUCUCAACAGGUUUCUUCUCGUUUUUUCACAAUUUUUAAUUAACGCUUUAAUUAAAUAGGGAGGAUGAACUAUAUGUCCAUGGAGACACAACUUUUGUGGUAGCAUCAAAUUUUAGUAUAAUGCAGUUGAAAAGGAAGGAUAAAAGGGAAACCGUGUCGCUUAAAUAUAGUGCAAAUUUCUUCUAUUUGUGUAUGGACAACAGGUGCUUCAGACCAGCCCUAAAAUCCCUCAUUCUCCAAAAGCACAAAACUGGGUUGAGAGAAGUAGAGAGAAAUACAAGCACUACAGACACUCUCUCGCCGAUCAUUCCAGCUUUUGAAUGUGUACCAGAGUCGACAGGAACAGCCACAGUAAAUGGUAUGAAACAUAU